AUCUUGCUCGCACUGCAGUACAGACAUGUUAGAACGAGCAAGCGGUUUUCCCUGGGCAAUGUGAUCUCUUAUUCUGUGUAGUUCUUAUGUGCAAUUUAAAAGUUUAGAUAAUUCGUGUAAUAUUUAGUUUACUUUAUUUAAGAUGGAGAAGAAAGUGUACUGUGUAAUUGGGGAACGUUGUAAACGCAUUACAUUUUCAUCUAACAACUUUAUCUCCGACGUUAAAAUUGUACGUGAUGCUUUCAUAAAAGCCUGCAAUAAUGAUGUAGUAUUACGAUCAAUGAUUAAUAAUAAAGAAAUUGUAUUACAAAAAAACGAUGUCGAUCGAAAUAAUAAAUUGUGUGACAUCGAAGAAGAUGAUGAAAUUGAGGACAAAAGUGAGGUUAACAUACUUUUGUUUGAAAAACCAUCAAGUCUUGUAAUCGAAUCAUCAUCACCAUCUACUAGUUUCAUUUCUGAUAUUACUCAAGAUAUUCCAAUUGAUGACACAUACGGUAUAAAAAUAUUACAUUCUGAACCAAUUGAUAUCAAAGUAUUACAUACUGAACUAGCUACUGACUUAAAUGAUUUUACAUCACGUAAAAUACAAAAUUCUCCAGUUUUGACGGAAGGUAUUAAAGAAAAGACUUUACUUCAAGAAGACGAUAAAGAGAGAGAAGAUUAUAUAGCCACACCGCAUACAUCUGAUGUUCAUGAUGAACAAUCUGUACAAAGUCGAAACAAACAAACAGUUAUAUCUAAGGAGUCAUCAGGAUCCAUACCAUAUCCAGCAGUAUUACCUUCACUAUCUUAUGAUUUACAAAUCAAGCUCAAAACUGAUGGUAUAUUAAAAGCACAACGAUAUUUUAUUGCACAUUGGGGGCAAUACUUGUGGGAAGCAACAAAUACAAAGCCCACAAAGUUAGAUUACAGUAAUCUUGCACGCAGUAUUGUGGCUGCAUAUUCAGAACUUGCCGGUGGCAGAAAUGGUUGUGAAAUUGUUAGAGUUCAAUUAAGUACAUGGAUUCGGAAUCAUCGAGCCAACAUGAAAAAAAAUCAGACACAAAAAAGAGACUAUGAGGGCAAACCCAAAAGUGCAACUACUUUUGCAUCUGUCGUUCAAACUUCUACAGCACCAACUGAAUCGGACAUAACUAACGCUCUGAAAGAAUUGGAAAAAAAAUUUAUGGAAAAUAACGCGUCACAUAUAAAGCGACUUUUAAAAAUUACAAUGCCUGUGCGGAGACAAUGGAUCGAAAACAAAUCCAAUCGAAUUAACGAAAUUGUUAAAAAAUAUCCAUCUUUACAAUAUUAUGAAAUGUUACUUUUUGAAUUUUUUAAUAUGAAGUCCAUAACAGAAGAAACUUUUUUUGAAAAAAUUGAUGUCAUGAUUAAUAAACAAAUACAAUAUUUUUCUAUAAAAGAAGCUGAUCAAAUAUCACAAGUACAAAUUUUGGAACGAUUGCAAAAAGAACUUAUUUAUAAAAAAUGCAAGAAAAGAUAUUCUAUGUUAUUUAUAAUAAAAGAGGUUCUGUGUUCGACUGAAGAUCUUACAACUUCAGAAAAAGAAGCUCCACGUGCAGUAAUAUAUAUGACAAACGAAGAAAUUGCAUCAGCAUAUAUUGUAGCUGAUGAAAUAAAAGUUAAAAUUCCACAGCCAACUGUUCAUAAGGUCAUCGCAGGCCUUUUAAGUGGAUAUUAUGUUUGGCAUAUGGAAUGUCCAAAAUCUUACGCAAAUAUUUUAGAAUAUAUGGAACAUGAGAUUCUGUCUACUUCUUUAAAAAGUCGUUCCACUGUUUUGAUGAAAUUCGUUCGUGAUUGUGAUAAUUUAAAAACAACAAAUUAGAUUUAACUAUAUCUUAUAUUCAGUAUUAUUUUUAAAUUAGAUUUAUCUAUAUCUUAUAUUCAGUAUUAUACAAUUAGAUUUAACUAUAUCUUAUAUUCUUAUUAAAAAAAAUCAAGUAAAAGUUAAAACUGUUAAUUUCGAAAUUAGAAAUGUUUCUUUAUUUAACAUUAAAAAUGUUUUCCACAUGCGAAACAUAAACUUCUGAUUUUUUUCAACAGAUACAAUCCUUUGAUUUCAAAUUUAGAAAGAUAACUUUUAUGUUAGAAUAUUAUUUUUAAAUAUGUAACGUCCUUUUGGGAGAUGACUGGGAUUUAAUUAUUGGUUAAUACUGGUCUCCGGUAAUAUCUCGAUUCAACAAAGUACAAACGUAUGCUAAAAUGUAGUCUAGUAUUGUUUAUAUAAAACAUAUUUAAAAAUUAAAACACAAGUAUUCAUUUAUGUACA